AUGGUGGAGCCAAGGAGAGAACCAGUUGCACACGUACACAAGGUUGGAUAUGCCAAUAGGUCUAUCAAGAAGAAGAGGUGCAAAAGGACUAAAAAAUGUGCACCGACAGUUCCCAUGGCACUGCAGGAUCUGUAUGCGUCAUGUAAAGAAGUGUUUAAAGGUCUGGGCACUGUUCCUUUUCCUCAAGAUGUGAAGAGAUUGUGCCACAUACUUGAUAACAUGAAGCCGGAAGACGUUGGGCUAAGUAGCGAGCUGCAGUUCUUCAAGCCUAAAGCUGCAGUUAAAGAGAAUCCAAGGGUCACUUACACAACCAUUUACAACGGCGAUAAUUUUUCGUUGUGUAUUUUCUUUCUUCCCGCAACUGCUGUCAUCCCUCUCCAUAACCAUCCUGGAAUGACAGUUUUUAACAAACUUCUUUUGGGGACGAUGCACAUAAAAUCAUAUGAUUUGGUUGAUCCUCCUAGUGCAGAUGAGCCUGAUUCACCAACCCAAUUGCGAUUGGCGAAAUUGGAAGCGGACGGUGUGUUUACGGCUCCUUGCAACACUUCGGUAUUGUAUCCAACAACAGGAGGAAAUAUCCAUCAAUUCACUGCUAUUACACCUUGUGCAGUUCUUGAUGUGCUCGGACCUCCCUAUUCUAGUGAAGAUGGCCGGGAUUGUUCAUACUACAAAGAUUAUCCAUACAGUACCUUUUCAAAUGGAGAGAUGGAGUUUAAAAAAGAAGAUGGUGACUGUUAUGCAUUGUUGGAAGAGACUGAGCUGCCAGAGAAUUGCCAAAUGGAUGGAAUUGAGUACUUAGAUAAAACUCACGUCAUUUCUCUCCCUUCUAUGUCUGUUGUGAAACUAGGGGCUUCUGUUGCUAGCCCUGUCAAUGGUUUAUGA